UGCCGCCUUCUCCCUUGCAGUCUCCCGCUUCAUGGCGCCGUCCUCGGGCAUGAACAUGGGCGGCAUGGGCAGCCUCGGCUCCCUGGGAGACGUGAGCAAGAGCAUGGCCCCGCUCCAGAGCACGCCGCGCAGGAAACGGAGGGUCCUUUUCUCCCAGGCCCAGGUUUACGAGCUGGAGAGAGGUGUCAAGCAGCAGAAAUACCUCUCCGCCCCGGAGAGGGAACAUCUAGCCAGCAUGAUACAUCUCACGCCGACUCAGGUCAAAAUCUGGUUCCAGAACCACCGCUACAAGAUGAAGCGCCAGGCCAAAGACAAGGCUGCGCAGCAGCAGAUGCAACAGGAGAACGGCUCCUGCCAGCAGCAGCAGUCUCCCAGGAGGGUGGCCGUGCCAGUGCUUGUGAAGGAUGGCAAGCCCUGCCAAGCAGGCUCCAACACACCCACGGCAGCGAUCCAGAGCCAUCAGCAGCAGGCAGCUACGACGAUCACGGUGGCUACCAAUGGCAACAGCCUCGGACAGCAUCAGAGCCACCAGACAAACAGUGCGGGGCAGUCUCCAGACAUGGGACAGCACUCGGCCAGCCCUUCUGCUCUGCAGAGCCAAGUCUCCAGUUUGUCUCACCUAAACUCUUCUACUUCUGACUAUGGCACUGCCAUGUCUUGCUCCACCUUGCUAUACGGUAGGACCUGGUGAAAGGAUUAAACAAAGCAAAAGGAAAAAAAAAAGGAAAAGAAAAAAAGAAAAAAAAGAGCAGAUUUUCCCAGUCACACAAAUCUCUGUCCUGUCCAAACUACUGGGUGUUUUUAUUUUCUUUUUUUCUUUCUUUUUUUAACACAUUUUU